AUGAAUCGGAGUUUUUUUUAGCCACGGAUAGGCUUCUCUUUUAUGACAUUGUUAUAAGAAGAGAAAACAUGAACUUUUUACUUCUUUUCCUGUUUCUUUUCUGUUGCUUACUUUAUUCUUGCGAAACUGUCAACGAAGAUGUUAAGCACAUUCGCAGACGUUCGAAAAUCAUGUCGAAAGCUAAAUUUGAUGGGAUACUACAUGGGGAUCAUAACUACACGUUACCCUUUUUUAACGAGAUGCUAAACACUCAACCGAAAAAGAUUGCUUGCUAUUAUGUCUGGAAUCAUAUGAAGAAUGGAACGUUGAUGCCAAACGAUAUAGAUCCCCAUAUAUGCACUCAUAUUUUGUUGGGUUUUUCUUCUGUAUUUAACUCUACGCUAGUACCACCUCUGCCAGAAGAUGUUAAAGGUUAUGAGAUGGUGAUAGCCUUAAAGAAAAAGAAUCCAAAUUUAAAACUGAUGCUUUCAGCUGGAGGAGGAAAAGGUUUUUCUGAAGCUUCAUAUUCAGCUGAAAAUAGAACAAAGUUUAUUAAUUCAAUUUUCGAAUUAUUGAACGAAUAUGGAUUCGACGGUUUCGAUAUCGAUUGGGAAUUUCCAGCAUGGGAUGGUUUACCAGCUAUGGAUAGAAUUAACUUUAUUCUUCUUCUCAAAGAAUUUCGUCUUGCUGAUAAGCAAGAUAAAUAUCUGUUAUCUGUAGCAGUAGCCGCUCCGAAAACAAUUAUCGAUGUGUCAUAUGAUAUACCAAAUAUGGCAAAAUAUGUUGAUUUUGUCAAUUUGAUGGCGUACGAUUAUCACGAUUACUCUUGGUACAUGCCUUUUACAGGACACAACAGUCCAUUGUUUAAAAGAAGCGUAGAAAAAGCCUAUUUUUCUACUCUAAACACAGCCUGGUCGGCACAGUAUUGGGUGGAGAAAGGAUUACCGAAAUCAAAAUUACUUGUUGGCAUACCGACCUAUUCACAUAGUUACAAGUUGGCCGUUCCUUACAUGCACGGUUUCGAUGCACCGGCAGUUGGAAGUGGUCUUGGAGAAUUGUCAUAUUCACAGGUGUGCGAUUUUUUGAACGAUGGUGCAAUUCGAGUGUUCGAUGGAGAAAGCGAAGUCCCAUAUGCUUAUAAAAAUCUUGAUUGGGUUGGUUACGACGACGUUCAAAGUGUGGUCAUGAAGGCAAUGUGGAUAAAGAAGAUGGGAUUAGGAGGAGCCAUGACUUUCGACUUAAAUAAUGAUGAUUGGAAAGGAACGUGCGACAACAGAACGAAAUUUAUUUUACAUCAAACAUUAAAAAAUAUUUUAAUUAAUUAAAGUUAAUUACAUCUGUAAAUUUAAACAUAAUUAAAUAGUUAUUAUAUGCAACUGUACAUAUUUAUAUUAUA